AUGACUUCAGGAGUUGACAAGGUAUUUAUCGUGUCAAGAUUCUUUGAUCAUUUCUCUGUGAAAUCACCGUGUUGUAUGCACAGCCCCGGCUCUAAGCCAUGGCGAGAGGUGCGACCGCCAUGGGCUCGAGUACCUGCAGCACCGCGUCUGAAAUUAGUAUCAUCUUCUGAUUUAAAAGCGCUCUUCUCUGUUGAGGAUGAUGUUAAACUUCCUCCAUGGAUGGAUGGGAUGUGCUUGGCUGAAUAUCUUCCCCAUCUCGAAGAAACCCUUGAGAGACAGGUCAGUUUCAACUAA